GCCUUUUGAUGAGAGUUUCAUUAUUAUGAUUUAAUUUAAUUUGAUUUUGCAGCGACGAGACCACAGUCCACAAGACCCAGAAGCACCACCGCGACCGGCGAAUCCAGCCACCGUGUGCGGCUUCGAAUUGAGUCCGAGAACGCAGUUAGACAGGCUUUAUAUUGAAACUUGAGACUUGAAGGGAAGCUGUUAUAAUUGGUCAGGCUUUGGAUGUUUAAACAAUUCUGAUCAAGAUCCAAGUUUGCCUUCUAAUUUUGUCAUAGAUUUUUCGUUACAGUCUUCCCAUGGCGUAUCCCUUCUCAGAUUUCAAGUACUCAGAUGGCCUCACUGUAGUGGGUAUCUCCUUCUGCACAGCUAUUGUCUGUGAGGCUAUCUCAUGGGUUCUUAUCUAUCGGACCAAUUCUUACAAAAACCUUAGGUCCUCCAUUGACAAAGCCUCCAAGAAACUUGAGACCAUGAAGACAGACAGCAAUAAAAUCAACAUCAAGAAGUCCAAGACCAAAAAAAUUGACCGUGUUGAGACAAGCCUCAAAGAAUCGAGUCGCGACUUGUCUCUCUUCAAGUUCAAGUCUGGGGGUGUGGUGGCUCUGGUUCUCUUUGUGGUCUUUGGGUUGCUGAAUUCGCUCUUCGAAGGCAAGGUAGUUGCCAAAUUGCCCUUCAAACCUUUUGGGCUUAUUAUGAAGAUGAGCCAUCGAGGCUUGCAGGGUAAUGACCCAACUGAUUGUUCCAUGGCAUUUCUAUACUUCUUGUGUUCCAUUAGCAUCAGAACAAAUUUGCAGAAGUUCUUGGGUUUUGCACCGCCAAGAGGUGCUGGUGCUGGUGCUGGCCUCUUUCCAAUGCCUGAUCCAAAGACCAGUUGAUUGCGUUUAACAAUAUUUAAACUUUUUAUCUCAGUUAUUUCUAGGAUGAAGAUGAGAUGGAACUGAAUAACUUCAGUCAUUUAUAUUUGAUUUGGUUCUCUUAGGGAGACCAGAAUGAUUUUAAUUGGUGCAACUGAUACUGAUGGUGAUUUUCUUGUUAAGUUUUGAUUCAAGAGUAAUAAAGACUCUUCUCUAUGGUACUAUAGAAAAGGACUUUUCUUCCCUUUUGCCCCUCU